AUCCUUUAAUAUUUUUUUUUAUUCCUGGACUCCGAGUUUAUUUGCCAACUUUGAGAUCGUACUCUCAUGCUAUGGAGCGAAAUGUGUCCUGAGGUCUGCUUUGAUUGGGGGUACUUUCAUGUUCAGUUAUAAGGUUUAGUUAAGGACAAAUGCCAGCAUUAAAAAUGAAGGCCAAAUCUAACCUGGAUUGCUUAAGAGAAGGACAUAGUCUCCGGCUGUGCAACAAAUCAUGUAAAAUAUCCAAAAAUUCAUCUCAGCAAGUCAGAAUAUCUCAACAAGCGGCAGAGUUGGACACUGAUCUUCAAAAAUCUCUGGAUGUUUCUUCCAACUUUGAAGUAUCUCCACAGGAGAUGGGAUGUGAUAAAGUUGUUGGUGACCCAAACUUGGUCAAUGGGGGAACCCUUCAAUUGCAAGAGUCAUCAUUGUCAUCAGUUGACUCUACAACUGUUUCUAGAACGCAGGAUUUCCCAUCAGCCUCAUGCAGUCCAGACUUGGAAACAAUCUUCUCACCUGUUUUGGAGUCAUCCACAUGCCCACCUAUUUUGGAGACCAAUGAAGUUCACUGUACACCAGAAAUUUACAACUAUGCAGUUGGGAGUGAUGGGGAACCUGAUAUGCCACAUUUGAUUGCUGACGAAAGUGAUGAUGGUAGCAGUAGCUCAUGUGGAUAUCAAACAUGCAAUAUAUCGGAUUUCUUUAUGUCUGACAUGAGUCUUGCUGGUUUAUCUUUCUAUGGGGACGUAGGAUUUGAUGAUGUUGCAGAGGCCAAUUCCUUUCUUGGCUACAACUGUACUGAUUCUGAUAUGACAUCUGAUAUAGCUGAGAGAUACUUGAUACUACCUUUUCUUGAGGAAACUGCCGGACCAAGCAAUGCACCUGAUGGAGAGUUGUGUGAAGAGGUGGUGAUGAAUUCAGAUGAUUCAUGUUUGUAUCUGGCGAUCCAUCAGAUGAAAUCCUCUGGCCAGGAGCCUGAUGUUAACUCUCACUCUGCUGACUCUGAUGAAGGGGACUGUUUUGAUCCACAUUUGUUUAUCAAAAACUUUCCUGACAUAUCUGAUGUAGUUCCAUCAUUUAGGCCUAUGUUGUUGCCAAAGGAAACAAGGAAAAGGAAGUCAGUCACCCUUGUACUUGAUCUGGAUGAAACACUCGUCCACUCGACCUUGGAACAGUGUGAUGAUGCAGACUUCACCUUUCAGGUUUUCUUCAACAUGGAAGAGCACACUGUAUAUGUGCGACAAAGGCCUUAUCUCCGGACAUUCUUGGAGACAGUUGCAGAGAUGUUUGAAGUUGUUGUCUUCACAGCCAGUCAAAGUAACUAUGCUGAACAGCUUCUGAAUUUGCUGGAUCCAGAAGGAAAGCUCAUCUCUCGACGAGCUUACCGUGAAUCAUGCAUUUUUUCAGAUGGUAGCUAUACUAAAGACUUGACAGUUUUAGAAGUUGAACUGGCAAAAAUUGCCAUAAUUGACAAUUCACCACAGGUUUUCCGGUUGCAAGUGAAUAAUGGGAUCCCUAUUAAAAGUUGGUUUGAUGACCCAUCUGACCGUGCACUAAUUUCUUUACUUCCCUUCUUAGAGACGCUGGUUGAUGCUGAUGAUGUCCGUCCUAUCAUUGCAAAGAGAUUCGGUAAUACGGAAUAGCAGACCUCUGUUCUCUUCCUCCGUUAGCUUAAAUUUAACAAUCCUGCAUCCCUCUUCUCUCCUCAAGCAACAGUUGGAUACAUCGAUAUAUUAAAUCCUCACUCCUCUUUGAGAUCUGAGAUCAUUAAUUAUACA